AUAUUAUUCAAAAUGGUGGCCCUGUGUUGAUUUGCUAGCAGUAAAUACUAUAUAUUGACAUUUGUGUAAAUGUAUAAUGUAGGAAGAAACAGAUCAAUUAGGAUUAUUUGAAACCUGAUGGAAAUUCUCAAUAGAAUGACAUUUCCUUAAUAGUGAUGUAUUGUCCUUUCUGAAACGAUAUGGAUGAAAGAAGAGUGGCAGAUUAUUUUGUGGUAGUUGGUCUUCCUGACAACCCACUUCCUCUAGAGGAAAUAUCAAAUGAAGCGGCCAUUAAAUCAUCAUACAAACAAGAUCCUAUCACAGAUAUUUGUAUCAUUAACAAGUCAUUAGGGGAGAAAUUGCCAAAAAAUUAUACAUGUAUAGCUAAGACUUCUUCUGGAUUCCCUGCAGAUUUAAAUCAUGGAAGUAUACGAUGCCAUGAAUUGUACAUUUGUUACAGACGAAGUAGAGAGAAACCUCCACUUAUUGAUGUUGGGGUGUUGUAUGAAGGAAAGGAGAGAUUAAUGCCAGGAUGUGAGGUUGUACAUACCACAGCCUGGGGUAGCCCUGCUAAUGUUAACAAUUCAAAUAAUGCAAGGAUAUAUAUCACAUUCAGAAGAGCAAAAGAAGAAGCUGCUAGUGAUACACUAUCUGUGGUUGAUAUAUGUGUCAUUCUGUCAAAUAAGAAUGAAAAUCCUCCACAUGCCUACCAUUGUAUAGAGAAAAAUUUAAACAAAGGAAUGAUUGGGUCAGAUGUUUUUAUAUGUUACAAAAAAGCUGUAACCAAAGCAGACCUAUUAGCUUAUAAGCCAGCAAUAUUGGACAGAUAUCCCAUAGAAGAUUACGAGAGUUUCCCUUUGCCAGAAUCUGUACCUAUGUUUUGUUUACCUAUGGGAGCAUCCGUUGAAUGUUGGUCUGCCAAAGCUCAACAUCCUCUACCAAUCUUUUCUACUUUCGUUUUAACAGGAUCAGACGGAGAAAAGGUGUAUGGAGCUGCAGUUCAGUUUUAUGAAGAAUUUGAAGAGGAAAAAUUGUCAGAUUUACAAAUGAGACAUCUUGGAUUGAAAAACAAACACAUAAGAGAACAAUAUAGAAUACUAAAAACUGUUCAUUCUAAUAAGUGUAUAUGUUUACUGUCGCACUGGCCAUUCUUUGAUGCCUUCCGACUAUUUCUUACAUAUUUAUAUAGGAAUUCUAUAACUGGUCCACAUACUGUUCCAUUAGAAAGACAUAUAUCACAUUUUAUGUAUGAUGUACCAUACCCUUCGCCACAAAGACCUAACAUCUUAGUUCAGCUCAGCCAUGAAGCCAUAAUAUUGUCCAUGCCAGAGGAUUCACCACUGCCUCAAAGUGGAGCUUCAUUUAUCACAAUGUUAAAGAAUUUAGGACCAGAGAACUGCAUGAACUUACUGUUAUAUAUUCUACAUGAACACAAAGUAUUGAUACAUUCACUUCGACCAGCUGUGUUAACUGGUGUUGCUGAAGCUGUGAUAAAUAUGAUAUUCCCCUUACACUGGCAGUGUCCAUACAUUCCACUGUGUCCAUUAGGUCUGUCCUAUGUCCUGAGUGCUCCUGUUCCAUUUAUUGUUGGUAUAGAUUCCCGAUAUUUUGACCUGUAUGACCCUCCUUCAGAUGUUGUGUGUGUAGAUUUAGAUACUAUCACAAUAAGUUUACCUGAUGACAAAAAGAACAUUAACUACAGAAAUCUACCAAAGAAACCAGCUCGUGUUUUACAAGAGACAUUGCAUAAAUUAUUUGAUGAGUUAUGUACAACUCGUGUUGGUACUCAGAUGGUAGAUGAAAUCACUCUAGAACUUGCUCCCAUGGAACAUGACUUCAGAAUGAAAAGGAAAGAGACAUUAAUGGAGUUACGUAUACAAGAAGCUUUUCUACGUUUCCAAGCUUGUGUGUUGAAAGGCUACAGGAGUUACCUAAAACCAAUUACAAGAGCCCCUACCCUGGGAACAACUGAUGUUACCUCUUUGUUUGACAUGCAAGGUUUUCUAAAGAGUCGAGACAAAGCAAAUUCCAAGUUUUACCAGAAUUUAACCAAAACACAGACAUUUAUCAGAUUUCUAGAAGAGAGAUCUUUUGUCUCUGACAAUGAUGCUAGCUUAGCAUUUUUUGAUGAAUGUACAGAAAAGGUAAAUGAAACACUAGAUGAACCCAAGUUGAUAGAAUUAGAUCAGUCACACAGUGAAAGAACAGUUUAUAUAAUGCCUCCAGAACCAGUAGGCUUACCCGAGGGGGCUAAGUACAGCUACAAUGGUUUCCCAACCUUAAAAACAGAGUUGUUCUUAAGAAAGAAGGAAUCAGAAUUAUCAUUGCCAUCUAAAGGUCCUCUAUGUCCAAACAGUCCAAUAUCCAGAAGGUCUAAGCAAGAAAUCAGGUCAUCUCAGAAGAUGGCACAACAAUAUGCAACAAAUGCUAUGUUGUGGGCAAAAUGCUUGUUGAGUCAUUGUUACAGCUUAUGGUUUAUACACUUACCUGCCUUUUUGGAGAUGAGUGACUCAACAGACAAUGCCAUGAAAGUAGCCUAUGAUGUUCUACAGAAAAUGCAGUUAGCAAAACUUCAACCACCAGACGAGGUGUGUUAUAGAGUAAUGUUACAGCUUUGUGGCCAACAUAACAUGCCAGUGAUGGCUGUUAAAGUCUUGUAUCAGAUGAAGAGGGCUGGUGUACAACCUAAUGCUAUAACAUAUGGAUAUUACAAUAAAGCUGUUUUUGAAGGUACAUGGCCAACAACUAGAAGUAAAGCUUCUGUCAUGUGGAAAAAGAUCAGAAAUGUCAUCAUAGGUGUUGCACAGUUUCGUCGUGGAAUUCGUCGGAGAAGUGUUUCAAUCUGUUCAUAUGACAGCGAAUAUGAUGGUACAAGUUUAGAUAGUUUUCCAGAAGAUCAUCAACAUGAUGAAAAAAUAUCAAUUUUAAGAAAGGAAGUACCCCUUGAUGCAGUUAAAGUUCAUGAAGAGAAUGACCUUGUCAGGUCACAGAGUAACAAGGAGGAAAGUGCUAGUACUGGUGGAAUAUCAGACAGAGGAUACAGCUCUAUGACUCAUGAGGAACUCAAAACCAUAACUGAGGUAAACAACCAGGAGGAGAUAACUCAACCUCCAGAAAAGGUCAAGAAAGAGGUUAAGGGAUCAUUGAGGUUCAACAUACCAAAGAAACAGAAAAAUAGCACCAACAAUAACGAUGAAAGGGAAGAAGAUGAUGAAAUGAAAUUUCCAGCAGCUGAUCACAACCCAUCCGAAGAAUUCCGACAAAGAAUGGGAAGUAUAGUAAGGAAAUCUCUAGGAAGUGUUAGUAGUUCUGGUAGUAAAGAAACAUUGAUAGGCAGUACAGUGUCAACAUCUUCCGCAGGACUUCUAAUGGUCAGCAAUCAACAUCUAGAAAAUGAAGAUUCUCUUCAUAGUUUGGAUAGAAAUUUGCAUAAUAGUUUGAAUUUAGGAAAAAGCAAUAAUUCACGAAAAAGACACAAAAGUGCUGGUGAUUAUCACACAAAAUCUAGGUCUACAAAUGGUGCAUUUACAAACUGGAGACCUCGUCAUGUUAGUGGUGACGAUAAGAUGCAAGUCAGAUUAUGUGAUUUGACUACAAAAGAAGAUGAUUUAUUCAUUGAGGAAUCAGAUAAAUUGGACGGUUCUUUUAAUGAUGAAAGUACUAAUGUUGAUGACACUAAAGACAGUGGUGUGGUGUUAGAUACUGACGUGUCAAAUGACAGAUUAAGUAGGCCAACAUCCAUUCCUAUUGACACGCCUACGAAGGAUUCUAUGUCACUUGAAAGUCCAAUUUCUAGAAAUUCAAUCGGCACUCCUGUAACUGAGAAUGAUCCAUUAGGCUUUUUUGAUGAUUCAAGAACAAAUGAAGAGAACACAACAAAGACUAAUUCCAAUGUUAAUGGCAAAUAUUCACUAUCAGGGUCUCAACAGAACUCUGUUUCUUGUACACUGUUUAUUGAGAAUGAUGCAAAUGAGAAAGAUGAACCAAUGUUUACUAUAGGGCAGGACAAAUCAGAGUGCAAUAAAACUGAGAGUCGAGGAGAGCGAACAUUUAGUUUAGGUUCUGUUCAUAGUUUAGAUUGUGACUCACAGCCAUUAUCACCAUUAGAAAGAGUAGGAAAACGUUUGAAAGAUGUAGGAAGAACAAAUUCUUCUCCAGGUAGUCUAGAUAAGGAAGACAAAAGUGGAAAAUCUAAUUUGUGGCCUGUAAAAGGAUAUCUUUCUUCCUUACACUCUCCAUCAAAAAAAUCUAACGAUUCAUUAGAUGGGACACCAGAAUUAGAAGGUCAUUCUGAAUCUAGGUUUAAACGAUUAGGAAGCUUCCGUAAACAUAAGGAGCGAUUAAGUGGUGCAUUCAAGUUUGGUGCAGGUGCUUUAGCUAAUAAAUUCAGCGAGUUAAAACAGACGAUUACAACUCCAACUAAGCUUGGAUCUAACUCUUCGAUUGAUGUAACGGACGAAUCACGAGGUAUUGAUGUUCCAAAACGCCAUAGUAUGAAGGAUAUUGAUGGUGGUGUAAAAUCAGUACCAAAUAGACAAGUUCCAGAAUUAUUUGGUAGUUUGCCCACUUCCAUGACUGCGUCAUUCUUAGAACAUUAUACAGCCAUGACAGAUUUUGCGACCUUGGGAAGUUUAGUUCCAUCCUCAUCCUUCAUUGAACAAUACAUUCCACUUAAAGAAUUUGGGGAACGACAGAGAAAAGCUAAAUUUGUCAGCCUACAGAGUAAAAUGAGUGAUAUUGCAAUGGAAGUUGAAAUCUGUAGCACUUGUAGAUGUUCUAAAUGUAAAUUGUUACUUUAUGAUGAAGAAAUAAUGGCAGGCUGGUCAGCUGACGACUCCAAUCUUAAUACCACAUGUAUAUUCUGUACUACCAAACUAGUACCUAAUUUACAGAUAUAUACAAAGGACUGGAGAGGAAAUAAACCGUCAGAGUUGGUAGAUAUUGAGGAUGAUAAGGAUAGUGAUGUUCGUUCUAGUCACAGUGGACAGGACCCAUGGGUCCUACAAGAUCAAAAAGACGGUGACCAUCGGUCAUCUUUAUCUAGUCUAGAUAACCCGAAUGCCACAUUUUUCUUCCCAGAGGAACAGUUAGAAGACGAUGACAGUAUGUCGCUCAGUCCUUCCCUUUCACCUUCCAAAGUUAGGAAAUCCAAUCAUAACCAACUACAGGCUACCAAAGAUAGUCACCUGGCAGAGGCAGCAGCUAGAAGUCCUAGCAGCCCUGACUCCUCCACUAGUUCAGUUAAUUUAGAAGACAUGGCACAGAAAGGGUUGAGACGUCGAUGUGCCAGUGAAUGUUUUACUAGUGCUACAGACAACAUGGUGUAUGGUUCGUCCUACGAUUCUACUGACGACUUUCAGGCUAGAUUUAUGAGGUCUCCAUUACGUAUAUCUAUAGGUGAAGAAGAAGUGCUACCAUCAGGUCCAGAUCCUAUUCCUGAAAUGAAGAGGGAUUUUAUGGAUAGGUGUACAUCUAGUUUAGACCCUAUCAGUGUACCAUACCUUAGUCCUAUUGUAUUAAGAAAGGAAUUGGAGAACAUCCUGUCCAGUGAGGGUGAUCUCUCUUUGACAUCUGAUAACUUUCUUGAUGAACAUCCAAUCAUAUUCUGGAAUCUAGUUUGGUAUUUUAAAAGAAUAGAAGUUCCUAGUCAUUUACCAGGAUUUUUAUUGACUGCAAAAUCUAUAAACAAAUGUUCUAAGAAUUCAGAAGGAGUAUACACUAGUCAACAUGUUUUAUUCAGACCUCAGUGGGAUAAUCUUAGGAUACAUGAAGAAGUUGGAUUACCCAUGUACAAAGCCUGGAAUGAGGGUUACAGCUCACAUAUUGUUGAUGCAUUGGUUACUGAAGCAAAACCAUUUAACAGAGCAAUUUUACACCAGAUAAUUACGAGUAUACAAUGCAAUGAUCUACUUAGUCCAAUAAAGAUGGUGAUGAACUGUCGUAGACGACUCCGUAUACAGAGAAGUCGACAUAGAAGUAUUUACAGAGAUAUUCUAUUCUUAGCUUUAGUGGCAUGUGGUCGGGAAAAUAUUGACUGUGAUGCUUUUGACCGGGAAUUCCGUACAGCAUUCCUCAAACUGUCCCAAAUGGAAAUGAAAAGAACUCAAAGAGACGACAGACCAAGGAAAACUAAAGUCAUAUGGUGUCGAAAAGUAUUUGGUGAACUAGAAGUUUGAGGAAUAGAGGGAUCUAAAACUGACAGACCAAGGAAAACUAAAGUCAUAUGGUGUCGAAAAGUAUUUGGUGAACUAGAAGUUUGAAGAAUAGAGGGAUCUAAAACUGCAAUCUAUAUAUAAUCCUGAUUUCAAAAUAUACUGAAUUAAAUUAUUGGAGUAAUAAUUUUUAUCAGAUACAUGUAAAUUUGACCAUGGGAUUUGAAACAAUUUUGAUUUAUCUGAUUAUAGGCUUUCAAUUUGUGUUUAUAUGUCUUCAAUAUGUUAUGAUCAUGUGGAAAGAUGUAUAUAACAUGUAGUUAGACUCUGAUAGAUAUAACAGGAAAUAUUACAAACUGGUAGCAAUAUAUUUUAUCUGUGAUAAAACUUUUCCUGCUGUGGUUUAUAGACUUGCCGUAUUAUUUGUUGUGAGAUUCUGUGUUUGAUUGUGGUGCUUUUUAUUUUGGUGGUAUGCUCUACAUUAUAAGUUUCAAUCAUGGCUUCAAUGUAGAUAACAUUUAUAUCUGAUCAGAGUGUCAAACCAUGUGAUGCUUUCCAUAGGUAACAAGUGUAAUAUCAUUUAUUGAUCUUGGCUAUGACUAUUCAGACUCUGUUUUAACAUUUAUUUAUAUAUGCAUUUCGUAUUCAUCCAGGUAUUAACAUUAUGAGAAUGUAAGUAAUAGACCUGUAACAAAGGCUGAACUUUCUGUUGUUUUUAACAAGUAAACAAAAAGUCCGAGAAAUAUGCUGUAGUUUAAUAGUUAUAGUCCAUUUCAUAGUGGUACCAAGGCAUCUAAAGUUACCAAAAUUAUUUGUAAUUAAAAUUUCUCUCUUUUUAAAAAAUGAAAUGAGUUAUGAAGAAAAAGUGGUUUGAUUAUUCUAGAGAAACAACUUUUUUUCAAUUUGACAUAUAAAUAUUAAUAAAACAAAUUUUACAUUUGCCAUAAUAAGAUUUAACCUGAAUUGUUACAAGCCACAAGACUCAAAAACCAUCUGUGCUUCACAGUAAUAGAAUGUAAUGUAAUCAAUAAUUGUAUUUAUGGUAAUUAUGGGUAAAUUGUAAGGUUGUGUAAAUACUGUAGAAACUAUUGUAAAAUCUGUCUAUAGAAUGUUGUACAGAAUGAAAUUCCAAACUUUUUAAACUUGUUAUUGUUUUGUUUGACAUUAUGAUUUUUGUUUUCAUAAUUUGCAUUAGUUAAAUUAGGACAUUCAUAUGAAAUAUGUUUUUGUGUCUUUAGCAUUAUUCUAUUAAAUAGGAUGUCUUCAUUAGCUUACUGUUUGGCAUGCCAGGUAUUAUGUAGAUUACCUUGCUUUGGCUGUAGGUGUUCAGUAUGUUAGGGGGUUGGGUUUGUCUUUUUCUCCCAAAUAAAAAUCUUUUUCUUUUUAGUGAAAUGUAAAGACGUUAUAAUGUAUACAUUAUUUAUGUCCUUAAUAAACAAAAUUUGUUGGAUAUAUAAACCUUGCCCUGUGUAUCUUUGAACCUCCUAAACGCUACUCCUCAUUAACAUUGGGAUGGAUUUCAAUGAAACUUGACUCGAUUGUAUUUUACAUGACAUAAAAUAAAUCUGUUCAGACUUUAUGUAGGGGAUAUAAUUUAUUUGAUUCAUCAUGUAAUAUUGACAUAAUUAAUUCCACUGAUCCUAAACUAUCUGAUAUUUAAAUUAAGUUCACACAAAGGUAGUACACCAUAUUUGAUAGAAAUACUACAAUUUGGCUUGUUGUGGACAUUACUCAUAUAAAACAAAACUUGUAUCAUGUUUUCAAUUGUAUUUCUGUAGCAUCUUUCUUGGCAAUUACCAUAUUUCAGUAUGUCAAUAUCAGUCCAUUCUAUCAUUUAGAAAUUCUUGUACCAUAAUACUGUUGCAUGUCAAUGUUAAAAAGUGACUGUAAGUUAUUGCUGACAUUUUAAUUUUAUUACCUGACCUUCAAAAUAUAGAAACACUGGGAUUUAUCAAGAAUUGGAAGAAAUGUACUAAAAUGAAUUGAAUAAAUAAGACUGUUGAAUGUUAAAAAAAUUAGAUACCAGUAUGCAGAAAACAAUAUAUUUAUCCUAGUCAUGAUACAGAACAGUAAAAGGAAGCUAGUUAUUUACCACUAAAACCAAUGCAUUAUUGUUAACGUUUAAAUACCUCAAAAGUCACAAAGUUUUAAAAGUAUGAUUAUAAAAUGUUUUCCUUUGCUGAUUUUACUAUGGGAAGGGGGGAUACCUUUUUUCUUUUUCUUUUUCUUUUUCUAUAUAAAAAAUACCUAUAUUUACAUUUAGCUUAAGUAUUAUAAGCUUAUAAAGCUAUGUUAUUGUUUUGGUUAAAUGGGUUUUUCUGAAUAGUAGCAGUAUCCAAUGAGGGAGGUAAAUAUUUCAUUAUUUAUAGUUAUUAUAAUAGUGUGGUCAGCUAGUGUUUACAUUGUCAUUCAUUGUAUGUCAUUAUUGCUCAUCAAAUAAAUACUCUUGACGAUA